GUUUUUUAUUAAAUUUAUACACACCGCGUUUGUUUUUGUGCUCGCUCGCGGUGUUUGUGUGCGUGUGCGAUCCGAUCGGGAUUAGUGGGUGUUUAUUCGGUCAUCUUGGGGUUAGAUUAGUGUCUGAUUAUCUUGUCGGAACGACGUGCACUCGGUCCUUCACGACAUAUGAAUGGUCGCUGGUAAAGUAAAUACAAAUAAAACCCAAACUAAACUUGUGGUAUGGUCGGGUGUGCUUCGAUGGUGUUUAUAAAUAGUUGUAUUUCACACGCAGGAGGGGAAAAAAAAAAUAAUUAAAGUUUGAAUAUGUAUGUUUAUAUGUUUUGAAGAUAAACACACGCACUAAUGUUCAGCUUUCGUUUUUGUGAAUAUUUUGAGAAUGAAUCGAAAGCUACACAUCGACUGACAUGAGGUGUGUUUUCAUAAUCAGGUUCCUCUGAAGAAGAACAUCAUGCAGAGUACGGCGAACUACCUGUGGCUGAUCUCAGACCUGCUGGGUCAAGGGGCCACGGCUAACGUGUACCGCGGCAGACACAAGAAAACAGGUGACCUCUACGCCGUCAAGGUCUUCAACAACCUGAGCUUCCUGCGACCUCUGGACGUGCAGAUGAGAGAGUUUGAGGUGCUGAAGAAACUCAACCACAAGAACAUCGUCAAGCUUUUCGCCGUCGAGGAGGAGUCAAACACACGGCACAAGGUCUUGGUUAUGGAAUACUGUCCAUAUGGCAGUCUGUACACAGUACUGGAGGAGCCAUCUAAUGCUUACGGUCUCCCUGAAGACGAGUUCCUCAUCGUGCUGCAAGAUGUUGUGGCUGGAAUGAACCACCUGCGGGAGUACGGAAUAGUCCACCGGGACAUUAAGCCAGGGAACAUCAUGCGUGUGAUCGGGGAAGACGGACGCUCUGUAUACAAACUUACAGAUUUCGGGGCAGCGAGAGAGCUGGAAGAUGAUGAACAGUUUGUGUCGUUGUAUGGGACAGAGGAGUACCUGCAUCCGGACAUGUACGAGCGGGCCGUGUUGAGAAAAGACCACCAGAAGAAGUACGGCGCCACGGUGGACCUGUGGAGCAUUGGCGUCACGUUCUACCACGCGGCUACGGGCAGCCUGCCGUUCCGACCUUUCGAAGGACCUCGAAGGAACAAGGAAGUUAUGUAUAAGAUCAUUACCGAGAAGCCCUCGGGAACCAUCUCAGGACAGCAGAAGUUUGAGAACGGCAAGAUCGAGUGGAGCACAGAGAUGCCGGUGUCCUGCAGCCUCUCUAAAGGCCUACAGAGUCUGCUAACGCCCGUUCUGGCCAACAUUUUGGAGGCAGACCAGGAGAAGUGCUGGGGAUUUGACCAGUUCUUUGCCGAGACCAGCGACAUCCUGCACCGCAUGGUGGUUUACGUCUUCAGCCUACAGCAAGCCACGCUACACCACGUCUACAUCCACAUGUACAACACAGCCACACUUUUUCAGGACCUGCUCUUCAGACGCACAAACAUCAGCCCUCCCAAUCAGGAGCUCCUGUACGAGGGCCGACACCUCACGCUGGACUCCAACAGACAGGCGCAGACGUUCCCACGCACCAGCAGGGACAAUCCCAUCAUGCUCCUCAGCAAGGAACUAGUCAAUACCGUUGGGCUCAUCUUCGAAGACCCGAGCCCUCCUAAAGUGCAGCCACGGUACGAUCUGGACUUGGAUGCCAGCUAUGCUAAGACGUUUGCCGGUGACGUGGGCCAUCUGUGGAAAACCUCCGAGUCGUUACUCGUCUAUCAGGAGUUGGUGAGGAAAGGAGUGAGGGGUCUCAUAGAGUUGAUGAAGGAGGACUUCAAGGAGGCGGCGCAUAAGAAAGCUGAGGUUUUCCACAUGUGUAACCACUGCAGUCAAACCCUGGAGAAGACCGAACAGCUAUGUGGAGCAUUAAUGCAGGGAAACAUGUUAUCAGCCGAUUAUGAUGAAAUCACGGACUUGCACAAGAAAGUGAUGAGACUGUCUAACUCACUAGGCUCCAUGGAUCAGACCAUGCAAGACCUCAAAAACAAAUUCCUUCCCGGAGGAAUGAUGACAGAUACAUGGACACAGCAAGUGGGCACACAUCCUGAAGACAGAAAUGUGGAGAAAAUCAAAGUUCUUCUCGACGCCAUUACAGCCAUCUAUCAGCAGUUCAAGAAGGACAAAGCUGAGCGACGUCUACCUUACAACGAAGAACAAAUCCACAAAUUUGACAAGCAGAAGCUGGUGUAUCACGCCACCAAAGCCCGCACCCUGUUCACAGACGAGUGUGCGAUGAAGUAUCGACUCUUCAUCUCCAAGAGCGAGGAGUGGAUGAGGAAGGUGCAUCACGUUAGGAAGCAGCUGCUGUCCCUGAACAACCAGUUUCUCAAUAUGGAACAGGAAGUGACCGUGAUCAUGCAGCGUGUGUACAAGAUUCAGGAGCAGCUUCCACAGAAGAUCAUGCCCAUCACAUCGAGCGGCAUCAAGCCCCAGGCUUACCUCAGCCAGAGCACUCUCGUGGAAAUGACGGCGGGGAUGAAGAAAUUGAAAGAGGAGAUGGAAGGAGUGGUCAAAGAGCUGGCAGAAAACAAUCUCUUCCUGGAGAGGUUUGGCACUCUGACAGUAGAUGGUGGACUGAGAAACGUGGACAGAAUCUGAAAGCACAGCUACAAGAAAGAAAGAAAUAGUUCAGAUAAAAAAAGAAAAGAAAAGAAAAAAAAGAAAUGAAAUGGUCUGCAUUGAUUUUUUUUUUUUUUUUUUUUUUUUUUUUUUGGGCUUAAACUAUUCCUUUAAAGCCACGGUUUAUUUGAAGGGAUAAAUAAGAUUUGCCAAAUAUAUAUUUCUGUAUAUAUGUUAAUGUAAAUACUGGUCAUCGAGAGAGGUUUUAUUUCACUGUCGUUGUUUUUUUCCCCCUCCCCCUUUUCUUAAUUCUCUCUGUAAGUUAAAUAGGAGCAGCCUGCUUUUAAGCCUGAUGUCCCGCUUAUCUUGACGUCUAUCCACCUGUGCUUGUAUCCCAUCCAUUUAUUAUUUUUAUUUCCCUCCCCCGCACUUCAUUUUUCUAAGGCGCAUACGAUACGACCUUUGGAUAAUUAGACUGUAUUCUGUAUUCGUCUCUGAAUGCCGCACACGCGCAACAUUAAAGACUGCAAACCUGC